UGCGAAACGCACCACUCGUGACAGACAAACAAACACAAACAUACUUGUUACUAAACAAUAAGUGAUACAAAAUGUCGAAACUAACUGUUUUAGUAUUCGCAACUAUAAUUACUAUUGGAUAUGGUCUCACUCCGACCAAUUACGAUAUCAGCCGAAACAGAAUAAAUGGAGGCGGGAUCGGCUACGGGCAGUACCCGGGGCAAUAUGGCGGGUACCCGGGCGGGUAUCCGGGGCAAUAUCCGGGACAGUAUCCUUACCGUCCGGACGGGCCACCAGGCGCGCAUCCCGGGUGCCCCCUGUGCGACUCCUCGGUUUACAGCUACUGCUCUCAUAAAGAAGCCCAUGAUUCUUGCUGCUGCGAUAAUUCAGGCUACCACGCGUUCACAUGCCGACGCACGGACUGCAAGUUCCUGUACGCCAACUCCUGCCAAGAGUACCACCUCAUCACCAGUUGCUGCUGCGUAGACCUGCAGAAGAGUGCCGUCGCGCCCAUCGCACCCAUAGCGUCCAUCGUAGCACCGGUCAUUGCAGCUUAGGACUGUAUCGCCCGAAAUUAAACAUCUAAACUUUCAACUCCAAUAGCCGUGAGCGUAUCCAGCAUCUGGUCUAGGAGGGGGCAAGUGAGAUUUUUUUUGGCAGAUCCGCGGCUGUUUUGUCAAAAAUUUAUUAGAGGACCCUCUAUCAUCCACACUGAACCUAUUAAUUUUUGUCUGUCUGUCUGUCUGUAUUUUGGCCGCCGUACAUUUUUUAAGAGUUCAUAAAUCUUCUGCGAGAUUUCCAGGGAGGGGGCAGCUGCUGGCGUUAACAUAGAAUAAAAAAAACGAAGUGCCGUGAAAAAAAUAAUUGUAAAAUGAUUGAAAAAUCACUCCUAGACUUAGGAAGUAGGCAUACGCAAAUAAUAUUUGCAAUUAUUUAUUGCGUAGGUACGGACAAUUCAGAAAGUAAAUAAAAUAAAAUGUGUAUUGCUAAGAUCACAUCACGCGCAUCACGAGAUAAUUAUGUCUACCCUUAUCUCGCAUUAUCUCAUAGAAAUAGGACGAGAAAAUUUUAAAUACAAUAACUCGUGGAUCCUUGCUGUCGUACCUGGUAGCCCUGCAGGGGGCCGAUUGUCUUGAUAACAGUGACGCUUUGUUCGAACUUCGAACUGAAUUCUUUUUGAAUUCCAUAAUUAGAAAAAUGAAAUAUUAUCAUAGAAAAUAAAAUUAUGUCAGGUGCAGUUAAGGCGCAAGCUACACCGAAAUUUAUGUGGCGCGGACGUCUUGGCGUUUUUCAUUCAAAUUUGACACAAAAGACAUGGAAAUAACAUAUUGAAAAACAUGCGGGUGCCGUUACGCCUUAUUUGCAUCCAAGAUUCAAUGCCAGUAGGCACUAUAAAUAUAAAAACGCCAAGGGUACAACAAAUAAACAUGGCAUAGCUCAAAAUAAUUACUUUUAUUUAUAUUUUGGUGUACAAUCAGUGUUUUCAUUCAUUCAUUUAAAUAAUAUUCAUUUCAUUCAUUCAAUAGUUCAAUUUAAUUGAUAUGGCUUUUAUUUCGGAAUAGUGCAGCAGUGUUUUGUCACACUUCAGUUGACAGCAAUUUUUAAAUGAGCGCGACAAGAAAAUUCAAUAAUUAUUCCGAAGUUAUGCCACAUUUAUUUGUAGGGCCUACUUAAUGAUAUAAAAAACUAGUUAAGAUAAUUCUUUGCAUUUAAGAUUUUAGCAGUAAAAAUAUUUUUUUGAUAUAGUUGUAUUAUGCCUAAUAAACACGUAAAUAAACUGAAAUGUCUGUUUUUAAUUUUAAAAUAUUAUAAUACUUAGCUGAAAUAAUUAUUGUUAUGAUCGCAUUUAACUCAACAGAGGUUUUUAAUUUUUUCUCAACAUUUUGUCGGAGGAACGACGGACAUCGGGUCCCAAGAUGCUGAAGUGGCGACCCUCACUGGAAAGCCGUGUUGGUAGUCCCCCCACUAUAUAGACAGACGAGUAUUGCUGGACUAAUGCGCCACAAGACAGUGUGAAAGUCCUAUCAAAAGAUCAAUGUCAAGCGGUGGUUAAAUGAUGAUAAUAUUUUUGGCCAGGCCGAACUUACGAACUAGCCAAUAUAAUAAGUUAAUAAACGCCACUCAAACUUAACCACCUGGUUUUAAAGCUCAAAUUCGUCCGCACUCUUCAGCGAUCAGCGCUCUUAGCGUAACUCUUCUUAAAUUAAAAUCAUUAAUUCUAGAAACUGCGACUCUACAGCGAGUUAUAUAAGGUAUGUUACACUUUGACGUUAUCGUGUUUCGAUAUACAACCAAACUAUUCAUAGUCGUCAUAGAAGACGGUAUUAGAGCAUAGACCCACCACGCUGUUCCAAUGCGGGAUGGUGGGGAUGGAAGAUUUUGAACACAUUUUAAGUAUAUUAAUCGGCACUAACUGCUACACGUGCACUUUAAGACUCGGGAGUUGAACAACACUUAUUUACUACCUACUGGCUGGUCUUGGUACUAAAACUUCCACAAAAGACACUGAUAUUAUUUUGCAAGAUUUUAAAAUAUAACAACUUGUGUAUUAUAACCGCUUGUGCACUGCAUGGGUCACGUACAAAAAG